UCGACCGUUAACAGCAUGUUCAGCGUCAAUAGUUCACUGUUACUUCCUACAGCAAACAGCAUUGCAAAAAAAAGAAGUGCGGUCUGCAAUGGAUGGGAUGCUUCCAAUAGCCUACUCAGAAAAAAAGGAUGCAGCACAGCAUUGCAGUGCGUUCACCAAGCUGACCACAAAGAGCUAUCUCCUACACACAAAAUAGGAUACAUGAAUAUAUAAGCACUGCUUUGCUUCGAGAUUACUUCGAGCAUCUCGUACGCAUGAAAACCACACUCCAGCAGUAUUACUGUACGCUAUGUAUCUAUGACUAAGCAGUAUUGUUCGUGUUCCCAACACCCACCCCACCUGCAGAAAUGUAGUCCAACCAACUUCAGUAGCCUAAAUAAAUGCCAACUAAAACAGCACCCUACCUGCCAACAGGACUAAUUAAUAAGGUCCCCCCAAAUAACACACACACCCCCCCAUAAGUAGCAAGCAUGUCGGUUUGCAUAAUGUAUCAAGCAAGUCGAAGGCGGAAUCCAGCACGUAUAUCAACUUCAGUGUCUGCUUGCAGAGUGGCAACCAGAAACCGAUUGAGCGAGCAGCUACCCAUGUCGGUUUGCAUACCACCUGUUUGGUUACCUGUAUAUGAGCAUGCAACACCCAUGGGAUGCAAAAAUCAGAUGGUGCAUGUUGUUUGGUUACCUGUGUGGGGGUCGGAGCCUGUCUCGCUUGCUGCAAAACCCACCUCUCAACCAGGCCCGGCUCAUACGGCCAUUUUGGGCGUCGCUCCGUAGCCAGGCUCCCCACGCGCGGCAGCUCGCUCGCAGGCGCAUUCGCUCGCGCAGCGCCGCGUGCUAGGGUUUCCCGAGCUCUCCCUCGAGCUGGAUCCCGCGUGCUAGGGUUUGCCGUCGUCUCGGCCGGGUACGCCAUCUCCACUCGCCCUCCCUCUCUCCCUCGAGCUGGAUCCCGCGUGCUAGGGUUUGGCGCCGCCUCGGCCGGGUACGCCAUCUCCACUCGCCCUCCCUCUCUCCCUCGAGAUCUCCCUCUCUCCCUCUCCCUCUCCCUCGAGAUCUCCAUCGGUGUCGUCGCCGUGACUCGUCUGUGCCGAGCUCUCCCUCUCUCCCUCGAGCUCUCCCUCUCCCUCGAGAUCUCCAUCGGUGUCGUCGCCAUCACUUGUCUGUGCCGAGCUCUCCCUCUCUCCGUCGAGCUCUCCCUCCGCUGUCAAAGGUACGGAGGUUUGACACUUUUUCUUGCCCUCCCCCUGGAUCUGGUUGCUCAGAUACGAUUUUGUGCUUGCUCAAAUAUGAUUUUCGUAUUGGUUGCUCAGAUCUGGAUUUGUGGAUCCAGUUUCGUAUUGGUUGCUCUGAUCUGGUUGCUCUGAUCUGGUUUAGAACACGCAUUUCUUCAAGAAAAUCUAUAAUUUACUUGGAUUGUCACCCUUAGUGAUCCGUUUUGUUACCUGUAUAUGAGGAUGCAAGAUCCAUGGGAUGCAAAAAUCAGAUGGUUCAUGUUGUUUGGUUACCUGUAUAUUAACAAGAUGACAUAUUUAUUAACAAAAUCUACAUACUCUUGCUGGGCACAAGCAGUACCUAGGAUCAAUGAUGUUGAGCUGAGUUCUAUGGUUACUUUUUUAUUAGUCUCUGAGCAACCAACCAGUACCUCUGGGUGAGUUCUAUGCUGAGUUCUAUGUUGAGCUGAGUUCUAUGUUGAGCUGAGUUCUAUGGUUACUCUUGCUGGGCACAAGCAGUACCUCUGGGUGGCGCAUCUCUUGGAUGUCGCAGCCGUGGUUUUUGUAAGAAUCUGUUUUAUAUAUAUUUGCAACUGGCACAUUAAUAUUUAGCAUGCUUAAUCAUAUAUUUUCUCAGCUAUAGAUCAAUGUUCUAUGUGUUGAGCUGAGUUAUAUGGUUACUUUUGAAUAUAUCUAUACUUGUUUAUUAGUCUCUGAGCUGUCGAUCAAUGGUAUAUGAUGCUUUAAUGCCUCUGGGUGGCGCAUCUCUUGGAUGUCGCAGCCGUGGCUCGUGUAAGAAUCUGUUUUAUAUAUUCGCAACUGGCACAUUACUAUUUACCAUGCUUGAUCAUAUAUUUUCUGAGCUAUAGAUCAAUGUUCUAUGAUGCUAAUGUGCCUCUGAGCUAUAGAUCAAUGUUCUAUGAUGCUAGUGUGCAUCUGAGCUAUAGAUCAAUGUUCUAUGAAAUUACUUUUAGCAACUAGCACAGUACAUCUAAGCCAAACUUAGACCUCUAAUCUCCUUUUCUAUUUUAUUACUCUAGCAAUGGAUCCUACUAUUGCACGUCGGCGGCUAAUUGCAAAGGCUGUGGUCCUUGUAGCAGUUAUGUCAGCCUGGUUGGAUGCAUGGUUGAGGCACCGACUACAUGCUAGGAGGUCUAUCACUUAUGGCCCAAUGCACCAAAGAGACCAAGAGAGACAAAACAACCUGAGAUUCAUUUAUGAAUCCACUGAUGUUGAGUGUGUUGACUUACUUAGGAUGAGAAGGGCCCCUUUUAUGCAGUUGUGUGACCUUUUUCGCACUAGGCAGCUAUUGAGAGAUAGUAUUCAUAGCUCAGUAGAGGAGCAGGUUGCCAUGUUUUUACAUGUGGUAGGUCAUAAUCAAAGGUUUAGAGUUGUACACAUGACCUUUCGAAGGUCUAUUGAGACCAUCAGCAGAUACUUCAGGGAAGUAUUGUAUGCGGUUGGUGAACUGAGAAAUGAAAUGAUCUUGCCACCUUCAACUGCUACACCAACCAAAAUUAGAGAUAGCCACAGAUGGUACCCCUAUUUCAAGGACUGUAUUGGUGCCAUUGAUGGCACUCAUGUGCUAGCAAGAGUUCCUAGAAAUCAGAGGGCUGCCUUCCUUGGCAGGAAACACACCACAACACAGAACAUCUUAGCUGCUGUAGACUUUGAUCUAAGGUUUACAUAUGUUCUUGCUGGCUGGGAGGGAUCAGCACAUGAUGCCCUUAUCCUUGCUGAUGCCCUUGAGAGAGAAGAUGGUCUAAAAGUGCCCCAAGGUAAAUUUUACCUUGUGGAUGCUGGUUAUGCUGUCAGGCCUGGGUUUUUACCCCCUUACCGUGCCACACGGUACCACUUGAGUGAAUAUGGGGGGAGGAAUCCACAGAACCCAAAAGAGCUCUUCAACCUUAGACAUUCAUCACUAAGGGUGACAAUAGAGAGGGCCUUCGGUGCUUUGAAGAACAGAUUCAAAAUAUUAUACAACAAACCUUUCCAUCCAUACAAGACACAAGUAAAGCUAGUCCUAGCUUGUUGUAUCCUCCACAACUGGAUUCUUCGUCAUGGGAAUGAUGAACAUGUUCCACUAGAAGACACAUGGGCUGCAAAUCAACUUCAUGAGGGAGCUCCCCUUGACCUUGUCAUGGACAAUGCUGCCUGGUCUGCUACCAGGGACAAUUGGGCUCAACAGAUGUGGCAAAAUAGGGGAUAGUGGUCAUUAUGUACUGUGCUAAGUUGCUCAACAGAUGUGGCAAAAUUGAGAACAUUGUCUAUUAGCAAUGAUGAACUAUAUAUAGUUAUGAACAUUAUGUGCUAAGUUGCUCAUAAAUUUGUAAGAACUGGUUCCAUGCUGAGAACAUUGUCUAUUAGCAAUGAUGAACUAUCUAUAGUUUUGAACUCACUUUCUUUGUGUGAUGUGCCCAGUUGCUAAUGAUGACAUUGCUUACAUCCUGAUACCAUUGUUGACUAGCAAUGAUGAUUACUGCUACUUCUACUUCUACUUUCCUAUGCUGACAUUACUGCUACUUCUACUUCUACUUUCCUAUGCUGACAUUACUGCUACUUCUACUUCUACUUUCCUAUGUUGACAUUACUUUCCUAUGCUGAGAAUAUCUAUCUGUAUUCCCCCUAAUCUUUUACUUGUUCCAGCUAUGGCUGACAUGGUCUCUGGGGUUGCUAGCCAGGGGGCUAGGCCUGCUCUUAGGUGGAGUGCCGCAAUGUCUGAGUUUGUUCUACGCCGUUUUGUUGAGUUGAUAGGUACUGGGGUUAGGACUGACAAGGGUUUUAAGGAAAUCCACCUUAACUCUGUUGCUAAAAAUGUCUUCGAGUUCUGUGGCCAAGAAGUAACAGGCCAGCAAGUGUACAAUCACCUUCGUAAGUGGAGGUCUAGGUGGGUCAAAGUUUGCAAACUGAAGGACAUUAGUGGCGCUCUUUGGGAUGAGGAUACCUUUGUCAUAAGCUUAGAAGAGGGUCAUUAUGCUGCUUACAUCAAGGUUAGGACCAGCACCUUCCAUUUCUCUAAUUUGGUCUAACUUCAAAUUGCUAACUUGAGUUGCUAACUCAAUAGGAUCACCCAAAAGAUGCUGAUUACCUCAAUAGGCCCAUAGAGAACUAUAUGGCUAUGCAAAUCAUUUUUGGAAGUGGGGUUGCCACUGGUAGGUUUGCAAUGGGUUCAAAUGAGCCUUUGGGCAAGCCAAGUGACAUUGUUGACAUCUUAGAUGAUGGCAUUGAAGUGACCUCAGAGUUUGUUGAUGCUUCCAAUCUAACUGGCAAGGGAAAGACUGUUGAUAAGGGUACCCCUGGUGACUCCAUUGAUACCAAGCCUAUGUCCAACUUAGGGAAGAGGAAGAGGUACAUGACUGAUGAAGAUGUUGUUGUGUUCAAUGGGAUGAAAGAGGCUGUAUCUGAUGUUGCUGCUGCUGUCCGUGAAAGCAUCCAUGCUGAAGCAGCACCUGGGAUCUACAAUGUUGUAAUCAACUGUCCUGGGUUCUCUAGGGAGGCUCUCAUGUAUGCCCUAAACCACAUGAUGGAGCACAAGGCCACCUCCCUGGUGUUCCUGGACAUGACUCCUGAUGAUCGUGACCUAUGGCUCAAGACUUUCCUAGCCAAGCACUACCACAACUGAUGUAUCCCUGAGUGCAGCAAUGUCUGUCUAGAACAAUGAUGUAUCCCUGAGUUCUAUGGGUCUAUGGGUUUAGGGCAUCUAUACUGUUUAAGAACAGAUUUGGUCCACUUGCUCUAUUCCAUCUAUACUAGAUGCUACUUAAGAACAAUGAUGUAUCCCUGAGUUCGAUGGGUUUCCCUGUUUAAGAACAGUUUAUCUGAUGUGUCUCUCCUUUAUCCUGAUUAAGAACAGAUUUGGUAUUUGAGAACAAUGAUGUUUCCCUGAGUCCUAUGGAUUUCCCUGUUUGAGAACUGAUAUGCUACACUUGAUCUGAUGUGUGUGUCCUUUAUGCCAAUGAUGAUAACAAAAGUGAAUAUUAAGCCUACUCAGUUAGCCAGCCACUAAUA